CGCUAGCUUAGCUGCAGCUUUUGCCAGCUACACACUGUUAUACUCUAUGAUAACGAUUUAUAAUAAUAAUAUAAUAUGUGUUCGGUAACAUCAUAUAAUUAUUACUUAUUAUUCUAGUUUCAUUUAUUACUGUAUAAGUAUAUACAUAUACUUUAUUUUAAACAAAUAUAGAUUUAAGACGAAUAAUCGUAUUAUUAAUAUGUGGAAAAAAUGUAUAAAAACUGUAAAAACUCACGGAACGCUGGAAAACAUCAAGUCGUACUUGUUCGAUCCUUCGUACACAUCCUCGAUCAAAUGGAUAGUCAUUACCAUCGAAUUUGUGCUAAACUUGUAUAUUAUACAAACGGUCAAGUACACAGAAAUUGACUGGAAGGCGUACAUGCAAGAAGUAGAAGGUGUCGUGGUAAAUGGUACAUUUGAUUACGGAAAACUGAAAGGAGACACUGGACCAUUGGUGUAUCCAGCCGGGUUUGUGUAUGUAUUCUCCAUGCUGUAUUACUUGACCGCAUUUGGUAAGAACAUCAGAGUCGGCCAAUACAUAUUCAUGUUACUAUAUUUGGUCAACAUAUACUUGGUGUUCAAAAUACACGAACGCAGUAAAAAAGUACCACCGUUUGUUAUGUUACUACAGUGCUUUUCGUCAUAUCGUAUCCAUUCAAUAUACGUAUUACGACUAUUCAACGAUCCAAUCGCCGUGAUACUACUCUACUUAUCCGUUUACAUGUUUCUAAAGAACAAAUGGGUGGUUGGCAGUAUAGUCUACAGUUUGGCUGUUUCGAUCAAAAUGAACAUCCUACUCUAUUCCCCUGUACUGCUAAUAGCAUAUAUCACAAAAUUUGGCAUCCGAGGAACAAUCAAACACAUUACUUAUUGCGCUCUAGUACAGUUACUGUUGGGCUUGCCAUUUUUAAUCAAUAAUCCUAUAAAUUAUGUUCAGGGUGCAUUUGAUAUAUCUAGAGUAUUUGUGUAUAAAUGGUCGGUGAAUUGGAAAUUCGUCCCACCCAACAUUUUUGUGAGUGGAUAUUUUCAUACUCUUUUACUGGCCAUACACCUCACAGUGUUGUUAUGUUUUACUGCCACUUGGAUAAAAUAUUUGAACUCCUAUGCCAAAAUGAAACAAAUUGAACACGACUUAAAACCUCAGCUGAAGAAGAAGAAAAUCAACAUCAACAUGGAUAUCAGCGCAAAUUUAUUUUUGUUGCCUAUGUUUUCAGCCAAUUUUAUCGGAAUAAUGUUCAGCCGCUCAUUACACUAUCAAUUUUAUGUAUGGUAUUACCAUACCUUGCCGUUUCUAUUAUGGUCAACACCUUACGGAAAUAAGUUCAGACUAAUUGUACUGGGCCUCAUAGAAAUAUGUUGGAAUACAUUUCCUGCAACAGCAUUUAGCAGUGCUCUACUACAUGUUUGCCAUUGUAUUAUUCUGUAUGGAUUACAUAGGUACAGGUAUAGAUAUGGAUCUAUAAAAAAAAAUAGGUAGUGAAAUUAUAUUAUAUUUCAAUAUUACAAUUGUAAACCAAUAAUUUUAUUUUUCAUUGCAUUCUAAUUUAAGCUUCCCUUUUUUUGUGUAGUAUUGAAUCCGAUUUUCUAAACUCGCUGAAAAAGAAAAAAAAUUGUUCUCAAUUAUGUUUAGUAGUUAUUGGGGUAGUUAUGCUUGUACACUAAAUUGAAUAAACCUUAUUACAUCUAGAUACAUUUUUAUAAUAA